GGUCAUUGGGCUAAACAUUUUAUUUUGACCUGGCAACCCUGCUAUGGAACUACUUCCUCUCGGUCGCAACAUGCGCCAUUGAAAAUAAACGUAGCCGAAGUUUCAGGGCAUUCAUUGUUCAAGUCCUUAUUUCUGUAAUUUGUUGGUCAGAAAAUAACAAUGGAGACGAUUUUAGAACAACAACGUCGCUACCAUGAGGAGAAGGAAAGGCUGUUGGAUGCCAAAACAAAGGAAAUGAUGCAUAAGAAAACCACAGUAUGUGUUGCAUCAAUGCUAAUGCUGUUUAAUGCUAAUGAAGACGUUCAUUGAUUCAAAGCAUUAUAAACAAAUUCAGAUCAUCUAACGUUAUUGCUGGGAAUAGUAACUUAUGUGUUAUUAACCAGUUACAAUUUAUCUGGCAACUAUUGUAUUCAGUUAGCUGCAUUAGUUAUUUGGCUAGUUUGUUAGCUAACGUCAGCUAGCUAACUAGUAAAUAAAACCCAAUGGGAUGGUGUUUGGUCCAGUUUCUGGCUUUGCAUUCUAGUUAAUAUUUAUGGAUUUUUCUUCUCAAACAGUUACGCGAACAAAUAAACUCAGACCAUCGAACAAGAGCAAUGUUGGAUGUGAGUAUUCUAUGUGAUAUUGAAACAUCACAACACUAACAAGUUGGACCUGUAUUUUCAUAUUCACUUGUCUUGUGGCUAAUAGCCUACUUGUCUAGGACAUGCAUGAUGUGACAGUAUUUUUUGAUAACAAGCUUUGUCAUCCUUUCAGAGAUACAUGGACGUGAGCUCAACUGUCAGGGAAGCAUAUGAAGACAAAGAUGGGUAAGUUUGUGUGUAUGCAAACGUAUGUAAUGUGUUUGUUUCAAGUGCUCAUGCAUGAUCAGCCUUGUUAUGUGGAGUAAAUCAGUGGUGUAAUAUUGUUGCUUUCUCUUUCGACAGUAUGAGGAAGGAUGAACUGAACGCCAUCUCAGGACCAAAUGAGUUUGCAGAGUUCUACAACAGACUAAAACAGAUCAAGGAGUUCCACAGGAAGCAUCCUAAUGAGGUCAACUUUUUUAUCAGCUCCUUGCUGUCUGUCCUAGCUGUAAACUGAAGAUAUCAUGUCAGAAGUACACAGAGUAUACAAAACAUUAAGAACACCGGCUCAUGACAUACAUUGACCAGGUGUUUCCAUGACAUAGACUGACCAGGUGAAAGCUAUGAUCCCUUAUUGAUGUCAUUUUUUAAAUCCACUCCAGCCAAUGUAGAUAAAGGGGAGGAGACAGGUUAAAGAAGGAUUUUAAGCAUUGAGACAAUUGUGACAUGGAUUGUGUAUGUGUGCCACUCAGGGUGAAUGGGCAAGACAAAAUAUUUAAGUGCCUUUGAAUGGGGUAUGGUAGUAGUUGCAAUGCGCACUGGUUUGUGUCAAAACUGCAAUGCUGCUGGGUUUUUCAUGCUCAACAGUUUACCAUGUGUAUCAAGCAAGAAUGGUCCACCAGCCAACUUGACACAACUGUGGGAAGCAUUGGAGUCAUCAUGGGCCAGCAUCCCUGUGGAAUGCUUUUGACACCUUGUAGACUCCAUGCCCAGUUGAAUUGAGGUUGUUCUGAGGGCAAAAGGGAGGGGGGGAUGCAACUCAUUUUUAGGAAGGCGUUUUUAAUGUUUAAUACACUCAGUGUAUAUCGUCUCUAUUGAGAAGGUUCUCAAAAACCCUAAGUAGUUCCAGACACAGAGAUCCGUUUUAAAGGGGUAAUCUGCAUUUCAAACAAUGACACUUUUACAUUUACAUUUUAGUCAUUUAGCAGACGCUCUUAUCCAGAGCAACUUACAGUUAGUGAGUGCAUACAUUUUUUCAUACUGGUCCCCCGUGGGAAUCAAACCCACAACCCUGGCGUUGCAAGCGCCAUGCUCUACCAACUGAGCUACACAGGACUUUUGGUAAAAAGCUGAGGGAUGGGGCAUGAGAAAUGUAACCACUCAAAUUCAUAGACAGAGCUAGGACUGACCAUCCAUGAUAUCAAAAGUAUAGUUUGCGACUAUUUUUGAGGCUAUUCACUAGUUUGUUUACAAUUACGUUGUUUAUAAACAAUGGAGUAAAACAAGCUUAUAUGUUGGCUUCUGGUGGGGUAUGACAGUUGAACUAAGUGCAUGAGGCAUUUUUAAGUUAUUCUUCAAGAAUCAAUGGGUUUAUGUAAUUAAUUUAAUAGUCCAAAAAUAGAUACACCAAUCGCAGAUUGCCCCUUUAAAUAACUAUUAUAUAAUUCUAUAUGUCUAGGGAUUCUAUAUGUAAUUCUACAGUUCCAGAUGCAUGAAGGAAAAAAAAUUAUAAUUUGUGUUAUUGCAUGUUCCACAAUAAAUGUCUGAAACCAAAUCUUGAACCAAAGUUUAGGUCAACAAACCUUCAUCAGGGUUUAGCAUGUCUGCUGCUGUGGCUAAAUCUGUACGUUGUUGUUUCAGAUCUGUGUGCCCAUGUCUGUGGAGUUUGACGAGCUGGUCAAGGCUAGAGAGAACCCAACUGAAGAAACACAGAGUGAGCUUUCUACAGUAUGGUGGUGGAAUCAUUGUCAUAGUCAGUGUAGGUGUUAAUGUAAUGAUUUAUGUGAUCUUUCCCCAGACAUGGUGGAGUUCAGUGAUGAGGAGGCGUACGGACGCUACCUGGAUCUCCAUGACUGCUAUCGGAAGUUCAUCAACCUGAAAGGGGCAGAGGUAAGGUGUCCACUCUCCAUACUCUAAAUACUCUUCAUCCUAGUCUAAUGUAAAACUAUACUAAAGCCUAACUUUCUGCCCUCUCUGUUUCAGAAACUGGAGUACAUCAGCUACCUUUCCUCGUUUGACCAGCUGUUUGACGUCUCCAAGGAUAGAAAGAAUGCUGAAUACAAAAAGUAAGCAUAUUUAGAUCCCCUGUAGCUCAGUUGGUAGAGCAUGGCGCUUGCAACGCCAGGGUUGUGGAUUCAUUUCCCAUGGGGGGCCAGUAUGAAAAUGUAUGCACUCACUAACUGUAAGUUGCUCUGGAUAAGAGCGUCUGCUAAAUGACUAAAAUGUAAUGUAAAAAUUUAACAGACAAAAAAAAAUUGUACAGACAUUUUCUUUGUGAUUGUACUGUAAAUGCACUACAUGUAUUCCUAUAGGAUUCUAGUACCUUGUAUUAAUUUGGUUGGAGGUAGUUCUCCUCUGCAUGUUUUUCCAUCAGGUUGUGUGACACCUGUGUUCGGUGUUCUACAGGUACUUAGAGAUGCUCCUGGAGUACCUUCAGGACUACACAGAGAGAGUCAAACCUCUGCUGGACCAGAAUGAUCUCUACGGCAAGAUCCUGGGAGAGUUUGAGAAGAAGUGGGAGAUGGGGACCUUCCCUGGCUGGCCAGUGAGUGUCCAAGAUGGGGAAGAGGACUACUAUAGUGAUGGUCUAUAUGGGAGUUUAAAUGAUUUAAAUGUUUUAUUCUCUUCCACUGUUCUAGAAAGAGACGAGCAGUGCUCUGACCCACGCCGGAGCUCAUUUAGACCUUUCUGCUUUCUCCUCUUGGGAGGAGUUGGCUUCCCUGGGUCUGGACAGAUUGAAGUCUGCCCUUAUGGCCCUGGGCCUGAAAUGUGGAGGGUAAGCAAUAAGCAUGCUCUUCUGUGGCUGGGAGGUCGUCUAUGGACAUACAUUAAACUUGGAAUACUGUAAUAACAGUGUUGUAAUUAGAAUAUUAUAACUGUAACUGGAACAUUGUAUUGUAAUGACAUCAAAUUCCAGCCGUAGACUAGGAGUAUAGAUAGACGGUGUAAUGAUUACUAAUAUCGGACUGGGUGUCUCCGAUGUAAGGUUGCUAAAUGGGUGUAUGUGGCUAAAUGUGUAUGUAACCCCACAGAACCCUGGAGGAGAGAGCUCAGAGGCUGUUUAGCACCAAAGGCAAAUCCCUGGAAUCUCUGGAUCCCUCCCUGUUCGCCAAGAACCCUAAGUCCAAGGGACCCAAGAAGUAUGUCAUUGUCAGUUAAACAUUUGCAUGUUUUAUGUUUUUCUUCACCUGAUAGCAUGUUAUAGCCGUGUUAUUGACCAUUCUAAUCUCUGCAGAGACACAGAGCGUAACAAAGAAGUCGCCUUCCUGGAGUCUCAGAUUUAUGAGUAUGUGGAAAUCCUGGGGGUAAGUAAAAGCUGCCAAGGAUGACUCCUUUUACAUAUUUUCACAAUCGUAUGUAAUGAAUGUCUGUAGUUGUGAGGACGACUUAUGAAAUGGGUCUUUAUAUAAUGGUUUGUUCCGGCCAUGCAAUGGGUGUGUGUUACUCCCGAUAACCACACUAACACCUGUUAACAGUUCCAUCUGAUUGUCUUUGGCACUGUAGGAGCAGAGGCAGCUGACCCAUGAGAACGUGCAGAGGAAGCAGGCCCGGACAGGAGAGGAGAGAGAGGAGGAAGAGGAGGAGCAGCUCAGUGAGAGUGAGAGUGAAGAUGAGGACAACGAGAUCAUCUACAACCCCAAGAACCUGCCUCUCGGCUGGGAUGGAAAGGUAUGGAGGCAGACCUUGACAUCAGACCUAUGUACUAGCUGUGGAACAGCUCUGCAAUAGUAAUGAAAUACAAAUGAUUAUGUGUUAUUAAUAAUAGUGUUUUUUAUUCAGAGUUUAUUGUACAGCGGUUGCAUGCCACCACGCUAACCUUGUUUUAAAUUGUUCUAGCCCAUUCCAUACUGGCUGUAUAAACUCCAUGGCCUGAACAUCAACUAUAACUGUGAGAUCUGUGGAAACUACACGUACAGAGGACCCAAGGCCUUCCAGAGGCACUUUGCAGUAUGUUCAGAUUUCUGUUCAACAUUAUUCGUAUAAUUAUUAUUUGCGUAUUAUUAUUACAAUGUCAUAUAUUCGGUUAUUACAGUGUUAUAUCAAUGUCCUCCUUUUGUUUUGAUAUUUGCAUAAUAAGUUAAACUGCAAAGGAUUCCAGUUUAGAACUGGACUAAUUCUGUUCUCAGAUGAUAAAGAGCAUGUUGGCCAUGGUUAGUUAAUAUUACUGCAAGCUAAUAUUUUGUCGCCUGUUGUCUUCACCCCUCAGGAGUGGCGUCACGCCCAUGGCAUGCGCUGCCUGGGAAUUCCCAACACGGCUCACUUUGCCAACGUCACCCAGAUCGAGGACGCUGUCUCUCGUAAGUAGUUCUGUUACAGCCCUUAUAGAGGCUGAGGCAGAUGACACAAGUGAAAAGAAUGAGUAUUGUUAUUUGGGUUGAAUAGAAUCAUGUUAGAGAAAAAAGUGUUACCAGACCAAUAAAUAUUUUCCGGUGUAGUUGUACAUCCAGAUUGCCCUCGCAAAAAGGUUUCUGACCGCAAGGGUCUUUUCUGGUUAAAUAAAGAAUGAAAAAUGACUGGUCAUUCAGUCCAAGUUCUGGAUAAUAAUCAUGUCUUUUUAACCCAGUGUGGUCAAAGCUGAAGUCACAGAAGGCAUCAGAGCGGUGGCAACCAGAUACAGAGGAGGAGUACGAGGACUCCAGUGGAAACGUGGUCAACAAGAAGACCUAUGAGGACCUGAAGAGACAGGGUCUGCUGUAGAGAGGAAACCGACCAAGACAUGACAUGUAAACCUUUCCGGAACCUUCUGAAGCGCAACGUGAUGCCCAGUGAAAAAAUGUUUUCUUUUACCUUUUCACUUACACUUCAUCUGUUAUCUUUAACUGUAAGCUGUAAUGUUGUUUUUAUUAAUUCCUCCCUUUGACAACCAUUUUGAAAUGAAACAGCCAUUGAUUCUAAUAAUAAAUGAGUACUAUUUGUCACCAUUGUUGUUUCUGAGUUAUUUGUUCUAGUAGAAAGCAAUUGUAAUGUCUUAACGAGUUGCUUAAGGAAUU